CGGGGAGCAUGGACAGCUCCGUGACCCUGUGGCAGUUCCUUCUCCAGCUCCUAUUGGACCCCACCAAUGAUCAGCUGAUCUGCUGGACCAAUGAGGAGGGCGAGUUCAAGCUGCUGCAGGCGGAGGACGUAGCCAAGCUGUGGGGCACCAGGAAGAACAAACCCAGCAUGAACUAUGACAAGCUCAGCAGAGCCCUGAGAUACUACUACGACAAGGUACACACACAUGCAUGCAUAGACCCCUAUAAAAUCUGUAGUCUUUUUUGCCCAAUUCCAUUUAGUUUUUUCCCCAAAUUCUGUUUUCUCCGUUUUUGUUUUUCAGGGUUUCUGAUUUGUCCAAGAUUUCUUCAGGUUUUCGCUCUCAAAAUCCGUUUUUAGUAGAAAAAAGAAAAUAGGAUGUUCUAAGUCCACAACAAUGCUUAAACAACAUCAGCAGACCACUUUUGAGGUCUGGGAAAAACCUAAGACGUUUUAAUUUUUUUUAUUUGUAUAUAUACCCUUUAAUUCAAGUGCACACCAGCAAAUGCACACCGUGUGGCUCAGUUGGUAGAGCAUGGUGCUUGCAACGCCAGGGUUGUGGGUUCGAUUCCCACAGGGGACCAGUAUGAAAAUGUAUGCACUCAUUACUGUAAGUCGCUCUGGAUAAGAGCGUCUGCUAAAUGACAAAAAUGUAAAUGUAAGAGACUUGUUUGGCUAGCGCUGUUUAUGUAGUGCACAUGUGAUUGCAGAGUUUGCUAAACAAAUACCCACUGGAAUGAUGAAAAUAAUCAUGAUAUAAUUCUGCCAUGUAGGCAUAGGCUACUUUGUAGUUAACAUUUAAUUGAGAAGGUUUUUUGGAAAGCCUUCCCAUCUAUCAGAAUACACGAAGUGGGAGACAAACGUGCACCAAGACGGGCAUUCCCGCGUUACCUCUUCAGAGAGUUGAAGGAAAGUAACAAUCACUGAUGAAUUUUGUUCAUGUCCUAUGAUAAUCUUGGGCAAGUUAAUACAUUUUGAAAUAAGUUCAAUAAAAAAAUUUUAUAUUGUUGAAUUCCAUUUUGUCUGGAUUCCGUGAUCCCAUCCGCGUUCUCCGCAUCACAGAUUUUAUAGGGCCCUACACACACACACACAUACACACACACACACACACAGCAUGAAUUACAACAAACUCAGCAGAAUACUAAUACUAUGACAAGGUACACACACACACACUCCCACACAACGCAUUAACUUUGACAAGGAGCCCCUUGAUGAGACUUGUUGAAAAUGAGUGCAGGGUUUAGUUUAAUGCUGGGCUGGGUAGAGCUAUGGCCAGGGAAGUUUCUGUUAUGCCCUCCUGUGAUGUCACCACACCACCCAGUCUCUCAAGAGUACUGCUGGGUUCAUGUGUUGCUGUGUGUCUUGUCCACUCUGCCUGUGGUUUAGCCUAAAGACAGCCUGCCUCUGUCAGUGGGUGGGGUGGUGAGCUGUGUUUAGUUUGGGACAGACAGGAAGAAUGGAACAGUCCCACGCAGUGGUUACUCUGUGGGCUGUUUUUGGAAGAGGGAGAGGGGGGAGGAGAGGAAAGAGAGAGUAGAGUGUCUGUCUUGUGUACAUCUUUUUCCACAUAGCGUAACAUUUCUCGCUCUCCCCUACUCUCUUCUAGAACAUAAUUAAGAAGGUGAACGGGCAGAAGUUUGUGUACCGUUUCGUCUCCUACCCAGACAUCCUGAAAGGGGAUGCCUCUGCUCGGCUGGAGGGGGAGGGGGGUGCAGGGGGUAGCCUGCCGCUGUCCGAGAGGGGGGACAACACCUCCCAAGAUGGUGAACGUGGGGACAGGGGUGAAGGUAUGACAGCAACACAGGGGUCCAGUACUAAGCCGUCCAGCCGUAAUGACUACAUCCACUCUGGCCUGUACACCUCCUUCACCCUCACGUCGCUGCAAAAUGGACGCCAGCUCUUCAAGUCCAUCAAGAUGGAGAACCCUGCAGACAAGAUGGCCGACAGGAAGUCCAAUACCCAGACUCAAGACCCGCCCUCUCAGCAGCCAAUGCUGUCGCCGUCAGUUAUCAAGUUUGGGACCACCCCUCCCAAGAGAAGCCCUCCCCCUCCUCUGGUUACCAUAGAAACACCUAAUCCGCCAUUGUGCUCUCUCCAAGUCCCGCCUCCCAUGGGUGAUGUCGUGAUGACACACUCCGUCCUCCUGCCUCAGGCUGUGUGUGCGUUUGAGCAAGCCAAGCCCAUGGAAUCCUCGAGUCCUAGAAUCCUGAAUAGUUUCAGCCUAUCAGAGUUGUCCUCUCGGAGCCCCUCCCCCACUAUGGUGCCUGAUUCCACCAAGGAGCUUGUGAUUGACAGCGACAUCGAGUCCAUCUCCUCCCAGCCCACAGAGACGCAGAUACAGGGGGUAAGGAAAACACACACACACACACAACCUACUGCGACAUGGAGACCAUCUCCUUACAGUCCACAGAGAUGCAGAUUACUCAACAUGAAGAUGGAUUUAGCAUUCCUGUUUUUGCUUUCUGUGAUUCAACUGCUUUCCCCUCCCCAUCUCUCAGGUGCAGAGUUCUGGCCAAGUGUCAGGUGGUGAGGCGUGUGUAGAGAACAGGGACAAGGGAGGGAAUAGGGAGAUGAGUUUGUCUCCGUUGUGUGUAAGUGCCCAUAUCACAGGGGGCAAGGCCCGCAAGCCUCCUAAAGUCCUGGAGCUGUCCACUCCUACACUGGUGGUCACCACCUCUGACCUCUCACCUAUGAACCUCUACAGCCCCUCCCUACCUACCGCCUCUCUCACACCAGCACUGCUACAGGUGAGACACACACACAUUCAUUUUUACGCAAUCUUAUACACUCCACACUCACUCAGAAUUAUUGUUUGAGAUGUGUUCUUGAUUAGGAGAAGAGACAUUUACAAUUCGGGACGAGGCUAAGUGAAAUGUAAACACAGUUCAUUGCUAAUUUUCCCCCAGCAGAUGGCAGCAGUGUUGUAGUUUUAUUGAACACCCAUUCUCCCAGUCUGAACAGAGUUACCAUGACAAUUACUAUUUUCAUUCAUUUGGCCUGUCAAUGGGAUGUUGACUGUUUGACCACAUGACCAUGUGUUCCUGUUGUGAUUGUAAGAUUAGAUCGACCUGACAAUGGUCUCAUUAUUCUCUCAGAUUCUCCCUCUAUAGUUUAACAUCUGUGUUACUUUGGUCAUGAGACAGCACUGUUUGAGCCAGCCCCAGGCCAGCUUCUCCUCUGGGUUGACUUUGCCUUGGCCUGCUGGGAAACCAUCAAAGCCUCCAUUAUGGAUACAGAAGAGCACAUCUUUUUUCUUCUGGUCUUUAUCAAGUCUGCACGAAUACUUGCACUUAAAGCUGGAAUUCCAGUUUUGAGAACAAUUUUGUGCCAUAAUUUGAGAUAUUCCCAAAUGACUAUUUAUGUGUCCAAAUCUGUUGCUGACUAGCUCCUUGUGUGUUUUGUGUGUGUAUUUACAGACACCCACUCUGUUGCUGACCCCCAGUCCCCUUCUAUCUAACAUCCACUUCUGGAGCACGCUCAGCCCGGUGGCUCCCCUCAGCCCUGCCACCCGGCGCCAGCAGGGAGCACACACCCUGUUCCAGGUCAGAACACACCCCCUCUCUCAUCACUCUAUCCCACUCAUCCAUGUCUCAGGGAACCCUUCAAUCUCCACUGCACUUCAUUGUCUUUCUCUUAUUCCUCUUUCUGUCCUUGUCCUCUCUGUCAGUUCCUGCUCUAGCCUGUUCUGUGUUUCAGUGGGUAUUUCUCAAUAUGCAUACUACUGUGCUCCGAGCAUGGAACGGUAAUCGGCGUACGAGUCCAAAUCAAAGUAUACGAAAGGAGCACGGAUGGCUGUUCUCAUAUGCAUACUUUGUUUGUACACAUUUCUAAGUAUUAAUCGAUUCAAGCUUCAAUUGAAAUAUUCCCAGGAUUGUUGGCGUAAUAAGACGAGCCAAGUAAAAAACGACUCAAUAUUUCUUGAAAACAAUGGCGGCUGGUUUUGAGCUGAAGUGAGAGAAAAUUAACUCCGACUUCAGAAUGAAAAGUUGCCCAAUCACAUCUCGUGUUGCCUUGAUACAUUAAAAAUAAAUACGUACUGUGUUAAUUUUGGCAUGUUUAACUGCCUAGAAUAUCCACUGUAGUGUGCGUAGACCGCAGGCUAACUGACAGAAUUGGUAGUUAACGUUGGCUAUCUACAUUACCUUUCAUUACAACAUUCGUUUUAGGUCGUUUUUUACAUGUAAAACUAGCUGGCUGGCUAGAUUAAUACGUUUCACAAAUAGCUGGCUGAUAAUUAUGAAGUUACAUGCUUGCAUUUGCUUUAUGUAGUUAUCUUGUUUCGUCUGUAUUGGUCAAAGGUAAUGCAGUAGCAGGGGAGUGCGCAGUGCUUCUCAAAAUGUUAAUUUUUAUGCAUUCUCCUCACUCGAGAACGUCCUCGGAGAACGAAGGAGGAGCAUGAGUGUAGAGCACGGUAGUAUGCAUAUUGAGAAACACCCUGUGUUUCUACUCCAUACUGUGUCUUCUGUUUCUGUCCUCUAUUCUAUGGACCCAAAUUCUGCUCUUUAUUUGAAGCGGUACUGUGUUCUCAUGUGUUCUCUUAUGUGUUCUCUUCCAGUUCCCCUCGGUGCUCACCCCUCAUUUCCAUAUACCCACACACAGCCUGGAUGGGACCAACACCCCCGGACCCCUCACCCCAGACCCUCAUAAGACAUAAGAGACCUUACCCUUGGAACCUGUGGAGCCCCCAGACACUCAGAUGCCCUACUUCUGCUCCCCCCGCACCCCCCAAACAGACACAAGACAUGGGGGGGGGG